UUUAAGCAAGAAAAAAUGUCAUCCAGUGAAAUUGAAAAAGUUGUGGUGCAUCCACUUGUAUUACUUAGCGUGGUUGAUCACUUUAAUCGAAUGUCAAAAGUUGGCAACCAAAAGCGAGUUGCAGGUGUUCUUCUUGGUUCAGUACGUAAUAAAAUUCUUGAUGUUGCAAACAGUUUUGCAGUUCCGUUUGAUGAAGAUGACAAAGAUGCCAGUGUGUGGUAUUUGGAUCACGAUUACUUAGAAAAUAUGGCUGCCAUGUUUAAGAAAGUCAAUGCUAAAGAACGCGUUGUUGGUUGGUAUCAUACUGGACCGAAACUUCAUCCUAAUGAUAUUAGAAUUAAUGAGUUGAUAAGAAGGUUUAAUGCGAAUUCUGUUUUGGUUGUAAUAGAUGCAAAACCAAAAGAUCUCGGCCUGCCAACAGAAGCAUAUAUAGCAAUUGAAGAAGUUCACGAUGAUGGCACUCCGACAUCAAAAACAUUUGAACAUAUACCGAGUGAGAUUGGUGCAGAAGAAGCUGAAGAGGUCGGUGUAGAGCAUCUUUUGAGGGACAUACGGAAUGUGACGGUUGGUACGUUAUCUCAACGCAUAACCAAUCAAGUAUCAUCACUUAAAGGUCUUCAUCAGCACUUGCAAGACAUUUACGCGUACUUGGAGCAAGUCAUCAGCGGUAAAUUACCAACUAAUCACACGAUAAUGUAUCAUUUGCAAGAUAUCUUUAACCUCUUACCCAAUCUCAAUGUGGACGAGUUCAUUAGGUCGAUCACAGUGAAAACGAAUGACCAAAUGGUCGUCAUUUAUCUCGCUUCCAUGAUCCGUGCAAUCAUUGCGUUGCACAAUCUCAUCAAUAACAAAGUUCAAAAUAAAGAUUUAGAGAAAGAAAAAGAAGAAGGUAAAAAGAGUAGUAAAGAAGAGAAAAAAGACGAAACAAAGGACAAUAAAGAAAAAACGAAAAAGGAAAACAAAAAAACUUAACAAGUUAACAAAUUUAUUAUUUAAUAAGUUUUCGCUCUUACUAUGGCUAAUUUUUAAAAUCCUCAGUAAAAAAAAAAAAAAUAAUCAAUUUUUAUUCGAUUCUUCGUCGGUUCUGUGAACAGGUACUCUGUUCUUAAGUAAGUGAGAAGGUAUACAGUAACUGGCUUGUCGUUUUAAAAGGGUUUUGUUACCGAAAUAAUGCUCUGUAAGUUAUUUGUUUUCUAUCAACAUAGAAACAGAAACCA